AAGGUCCCGUUCUCUCUCAAUUACCCUUUACGCAGAUUCCACCGAGCCUUUAUUCCCUCUGACCCUUCCGCUUUGUGACAGACAGAACCAUAAAACACCACAAACUCGCGUUCAUUGGUGAAUACGAGGAGCUCGCCCUCCAUCUCGCCUUAUCUCACGGCACAGUGUGAAAAUAGCUCAUAAUGUUCAGUCGUAAUAGCAACAUACCUCCGAGACGAGGCAUUCUAACUGCUUCUAAUCAAAAUAGACUUGUCAAUAGCGAGAACGAAAACAACGCCAAACAGUCAGUCAAAGAUGCAAACACCAAGACUUCUAGUCAAACCACUCGAUUGAAAUCUGCAACCACCACUAACACCAACGUUUUUCAAAAGCGACGUUCUGUUCUAAACGAUGUAAGCAAUGCCAAGUCGCAACAAAAGAAAAUGAGAAAGCCGUUACCAACGCGACCGAGAUUACAAAAACUGUUCGAACAGAAAUUAAGCACGAGAAGAAAGUAACCGAAAUUAUUAAGGAAGAAGCAGCCAAAGACAAUAAUGGAAAAGACGUCGUGCGUGCUGUACCAGUUCUACCUAUUAUCCUGCCAGCGCAUCUAAGGAAAUCUC